AUGGAUAAGGACAAAACUGACUCUGGAUUACCAAGCAAAGGUGUUUUUGGACUCAAGGUAAAGAAGAAGAAGAAGAAAGGCAGCAAAAGUCUAGUCUUUGCAAACAGCGCUGCUCAGGAAGAACCUGAGACCAAAGCUCCUGAUGAAGAACCAUUAGUUAAAGAUCCUUUAAAUGUGCCAGCUGAAACCGCUGAAUGUGCCAGUAAUCUCGUCCCCUCUCAAUAUUUGUCCUUCAGAGAACAUGUCAAUACUAAGAGAUCCAAAACUGUUGCUAAAGUUUUGGAAACUGAAAGCAGGCCACAGACUUUCCAGAUCUCCAUCAAUAUCACAGAGGCCAGACAGCUGGUGGGUGAGAAUAUUGACCCCAGUGUGGUGAUUGAAAUUGGAGAUGAAAAGAAACAAACAUCGGUAAAAGAGAGUACGAAUGCACCCUUUUACAAUGAGUACUUUGUGUUCGACUUCUUUGCCCAUCAAGAGAUCUUUUUUGACAAAGUUAUUAAACUUUCAGUGAUGCAUUCAAAGAUCAUGAAAAGCUAUUGUAUAGGAGCAUUCAGAAUUGAUGUAGGAACUGUCUACAAUCAACCUGGUCAUCAGUUCACUAAUAAGUGGGCAGCUCUUUUCGAUCCAUUAGACGUCAGGACAGGAGUGAAAGGCCACCUGAAGUGUGACAUCUGUGUGACAGCCAAAGGAGACGUGUUGCCCCGUUCUCAAAAGUUUUCUGAUGCUGAAGAGCAGAUUGAAAAGAACCCGCUGCUACCUGAAGGCUUUCCCUCGAUGCGACCAUGGGCUAGCUAUUCUGUCAAAGUCUAUCGGGCAGAAGGUCUUCCCAGAAUGAACUCUGGCCUCAUGGCCAAUGUAACCAAAGCCUUUGUUAGUGACAACACAGCUCUCAUAGAUCCGUAUGUGGAGGUGUCAUUCUUCGGCCAGACAGGACGGACAUCCACCCAGAAGAGCACAGCAGACCCUGUGUGGAACGAACAGGUGGUUUUUAAAGAAAUGUUUCCUCCUUUGUGCCAAAGGCUAAAAAUUCAGAUAUUAGAUGAGGGAAGCAUGAAUGACGUAGCGAUUGGGACUCACUAUAUUGAUCUGCGCAGAAUCUCCAGUGACCAGGAUGGAGAUAACGGUUUCCUCCCGACAUUCGGUCCAGCCUGGGUCAACAUCUACGGUUCAUCCCGUAACUCAACUCUUGUGGAUGAUAGCCAUGAUAUGAAUGAGGGAAUUGGGGAAGGGGUGUCAUUCAGAGGUAGGAUUUACAUCCAGCUAACUGUGGAGAUCCUGACUGGAGGGGCUGAGUCGAAGUCUUUGCUCUCCCUCAAGACUCCUAAAGAUGCCAAGGGAGGAAAGGGAGCAGCUAAAGACCCCAAAGCUGGAGCAGGAGGAGCAGGUGGAGAGGAGGAAAAAACCAAGGUCACAGGCUCAAUAGUGCUACCUGUGGAUCCACCAGAAAUGAUUAGUGAUGAGGACAAGGAGAACUUCCUGCUGUUUGGUGCUGUGUUUGAGGCUACUAUGAUUGACAGGAGGAUUGGUGAUAAACAAAUUAGCCUCGAGUUCACAAUUGGAAACUUUGGUAACUUCAUAGAUGGUACUGCUCAAACGGCUUCCAAGAAAAAAGUGGAGAAUCCUUCAAGCCAAGAAGCUGAUACAACUUCUCUUCUAGAAAAUCAAACACCACCAAUGACCUGCAAGUCCACCACACCACCUGAAAAACCUCUUAUAGGACAUAAUAACAGGACCUACUUUUAUUUACCUUUUUUAAAUAAUAAGCCUUGUGUUCAUAUAUGGAGCGCUUGGGAAAACUGGACAUACCGUCUCCACCAGUCCAACAUGCUGGAUAGGAUAGCCAAAAUGUUUGAACAAGGUGUGGCCAAGGUGGCAGAGCUGGAAAAGCUGGUGAAUCCCAAUGCAGAGCCUCUUAUGAGAGCUGUUUUACAAGAAUUUUGUAAAGAUGCCAGGGAGUUUAUCGGUUUUGCUGAGAACAAGGUGAAGAAAACUUAUUUAAACGUGUUGGAUAAGAAACGGCUCAUGCUGUGCAAGCAGGAACUGGAGAGUAUGAUUGGUGUAGCAGGAACCAUCACUGAACUAAAGAGGAAACCCCUUACUGUCAAAGAGAUGCUGGCAAAGGCGCAAAGACUCAGUCACAGAAUCAGAUUCCUGGUGGAAGAGCCCCAGCACACCCUGCCAGAUAUAUUUGUGUGGAUGCUCAGUAAUAAUAAGCGUGUGGCGUACGCCCGCAUCCCUGCACGCCACCUGCUUUACUCUGAGAACCUCGUGGAAAAAGGAAAAGACUGUGGAAAGAUCAAAACCCUCUUUCUUAAGCCCCCUUCUAAGCGCAGCACAGGCUGGAUAGUCCAGGCUAAAGUGGAUGUGUACCUCUGGCUCGGCACCAGCAAAGAGACUUCCUAUAUGAUGGAAAAUCUCCCAGAAGGCUUUGAGCCACAAGGUGUAUUAUCAGAGGAUGGCAAAUGCAUCUUUCCAGAGACAAUAUUUUUCAAAGAAAAGCAUGAGUUUCAGCUGAGGUCUCAUAUGUACCAGGCUCGUGGGCUUAUAGCAGCAGACAACACAGGCCUCUCAGACCCCUUUGCAAGGGUGUCAUUUCUCUCCAACAGUCAAGUUACUGCUAUAAUUAACCAGACUCUAACGCCGACCUGGAACCAGAUGCUGAUAUUGAAUAAGGUGUCUCUGUAUGGAGAGCUCAGUGAACUGGUGAAAGAGCCACCUCUGGUUGUUAUUGAGGUCUACGAUGAUGAUGCACUGGGAAAAGCAGAGUAUCUUGGCUCCACUGUAGCUGUACCAGAGGUCAGGCUGAAUGAGGAAAUGUAUAUUCCCCCUCAGCUACAGUACAGUGCUCUGUACUGUGGUGGCCUGUCCGGUGGAGACAUACUCGGAGCUUUUGAACUCAUUCAGACAGGACAAAAUCCUUUACCUGCCAUAGAAGAGCCAGAAGGUGGGAACUACACUGUACCCUCUUACAUUCGACCUGUGCUAUGCAAGUACAGAAUUGAGGUUUUGUUCUGGGGUUUAAGAGAACUGAAGAAAGUACAGCUCCUUUCCGUGGAUCGGCCACAGGUCUUCAUUGAGUGUGCAGGAAAGGGAAUCCACUCGUCUGUGAUACAGAGCUACAAGAGCAACCCAAACUUUAGUGUGAUUUUGGACUCAUUUGAUGUGGAGCUGCCUGAAAAUGAGUACCUUCACCCCCCUCUCACUGUAACUGUGGUGGACUGGAGAGCCUUUGGGAGAAGCACUUUGGUGGGCAGUCAUGUCAUAAACAACCUGGGCUUGUUCAAAUACACUCCUCCAGCUCUGCCCCCUUCCAGAGCGCAGUCCCAGGACACACUAGCUAUAGAACGUAAUGAGCUUUUAUUUCUAGCUGCACCGCUUCCUGUACAAGAAGGAACUGAGGCGCAGUCCAGUGGGGAUGUUAGCGUUACUAUAGAUCCAGAGGUGUGUAAGAUCCCUGUAACUGAACCAGUGCCUCAGGACAAGGAGAUCAAAGAAUCUAGAAAGAGCAAGCGAAGGUCUUCAAAACGAAAGAAACGCACGGCCGCUGAUGAGUCUGCUGACAGCGUCAUUGACUGGUGGUCCAAGUACUACGCAUCAAUGGAGAAAAUCCAACUGGUAAAACAAAGGGAGAUCAAUCCAUUUCCUGACCUUUAUGAAGCUGUUCCUUCACUUCACAAUUUGAUCUCAGAUGGAAUUUCUACUCUGGGUAAAGGAAUGAAAGAAAAGAAAAGAGAGGUCUUGAAGGGCUCUGUACUGGAACAGCCCAAAAUAGCCACCUUAACAAUAUAUGACAAGGAGCUGGAGGCAGAGUUUGGUCCUUUCGAUGACUGGGUUAAAACAUUUGAGCUCUUCCGUGGUAAAGCAAAUGAAGGAGACAGCUCUGGUGCUGAGAGGCUUGUAGGAAAGUUCAAGGCUGGGUUCUGUCUGUAUAAGCUGCCUGAAGGUGAUGAAGGAUCUACGGAUCCAGGAGAAUAUAAAAUAAGCCAGGGAAUUCCACCCAACAGUCCCGUAAACGUCCUAAUCAGAGUCUACAUUGUUUCAGCCUCAAACCUCCAUCCAGCUGACCCUGAUGGAAAGGCAGAUCCUUACAUUGUGCUUAAGCUUGGAAAAACUGAAAUCAAAGACAGGGACAAUUACAUCCCCAAACAACUGAACCCCGUGUUUGGCAGAUCUUUUGAAAUCCUUGCCACCUUUCCUAAAGAAUCCUUACUAAAGGUUCUCAUUUAUGAUUUUGAUUUGGUCGGUGGAGAUGAUUUGAUUGGUGAGACUGAGAUUGAUUUGGAGAAUCGUUUUUAUAGCAGGCACAGAGCCACCUGUGGCCUUUCUACUGAAUAUGCCAUUGAUAGCUACAAUGCCUGGAGAGACGCCAUUAAUCCAAGUGACUUGCUGAUAAAGCUCUGUAAAGAAAAUAAACUGGACCACCCGGUUUUUAGUCCUGGAAGAAUAACCAUCGGAGAUAAAGUUUACACUGGCAAAACUGUAUUCAUAGAUGAAGACCAGGUGGUCGAGUCUUAUGAACACUUGGCUCUGAAGGUGCUACACAGAUGGGAAGAGAUGCCCGGUGUUGGCUGCAAACUGAUUCCAGAGCACAUUGAGACCCGCACUCUGUACAUAAAGAAUAAGCCUGGCAUGGACCAGGGUCAGCUGCAGAUGUGGGUAGACAUCUUUCCCAUGGACAUGCGUCAUCCUGGACCUCCUGUGGACAUUUCCCCUCGCAAGCCCAAAGGUUACGAGCUGAGGAUCAUAAUCUGGAACACAGAAGAUGUCAUUUUGGAAGACACAAAUUUCCUAACAGGCCAACAAUCGAGUGACAUCUAUGUCAAAGGGUGGCUGAAGGGCCUUGAAGAUGAUGGCCAGGAAACAGACGUGCAUUAUAAUUCUCUGACCGGUGAGGGCAACUUCAACUGGCGCUUUGUUUUCCCCUUUCACUACCUCCCAGCUGAGAAGCAGGUGGUCAUCAGCAAACGAGAUCAUAUCUUUUCUCUGGACAAGACAGAACAGAAGCUGCCUGCAGUCUUAGUGCUGCAGGUGUGGGACUUUGAGAGGCUGUCAUCUGAUGAUUUCCUGGGCUCAGUGGAGUUGGAUCUACAUGGGUUUCCCCGUGGUGCCAAAACAGCAAAAUUAUGUAAGAUGGACAUGCUAACAGACAUCAGUGACUCUAUAUCCAUCUUUCAGCAAAAACGUGCCAAAGGCUGGUGGCCUUUUGUGAAGGCUGAAGAGCUCACGGGAAAAGUGGAAGCAGAGUUUCACUUGGUGACAGCGGAUGAGGCAGAGAAAAACCCAGUAGGACGAGCACGCAAGGAGCCAGAACCACUGGAAAAACCCAAUCGGCCAGAUACAACCUUCUCCUGGUUUGUAAACCCCUUCAAAUGCUUCUUCCAUCUGAUCUGGAAGAACUAUAAGAAGUACAUCAUCGCUGGCCUGGUGUUACUGAUCCUGGCUGUGUUCCUCGCUUUGCUGUUCUACACUCUGCCAGGAGCAAUAAGCAACAAGAUCGUCAGUGGAUGA